CUGUAAAACCUACGUGUAAACGCAAUUUUAUGAAUAACCAGUUUUGUGUCAAAAACGCCUGGAUCACGGAACCAAAGUGAGAAAAGCAUAUCUUGCCACAACUGCUAAAAUUGCAAAGAAAAUUCAACAGCAAAAAGAACAUCUGAUAAGAACCAGACAAGAAGACGGAUCAUGUUUGUUCCUUUGCCGGUGCCGUUUGUCUUGCCGAGAGCUGCCUCUGACCUCCACGCCUGGCGCCUCAAGUCCCCGCUGGCUCUGCGCUCUCACUCCGAUAUCAGAAUGUUAAAGCCAGUAGAGGUUGAGAAUCCAGCGGCAGACUCUCCGAUGGAGAGCACUGACUCCGAAAGAAACGGCUCAGAUUCAAAUAAUCAGGUUCAGCCGCUGAAAAUCAACCCUUUCUCACUUUCUCCCACACUGAGCAGCAGCCCCAAGACUAAGGUGGAGGAUUGUGGUGAGAUGUCUCCUGCUGCUAUACAAACUACACAUGCUCAGACGGCCCUUCCCCACACACAGCUGAUGCUAACGGGUGGUCAGCUCGCAGGGUUGACUGCACUUUUGCCAGCACAGCAACAGCUGCUUUUACAGCAGGCGCAGCUCCUCGCUGCAGCUGUGCAGCAGUCGCAUGCGGCCCACGUGGCCAAUCGACAGCAAGCCCAGCAGCAGGCCAGUCAGCACGCAGCUCAGCCGCAAUCGCAGGGCCAAUCGCAGAGCACACAGGAACAAACCGCCGCCCCUGUCCCGCCUCCUCCUCACCAGCUUUCCCUUUCUCAGCCAAUCCAGCUCACUGCGCAGGACAUUCAGCAGUUGCUGCAGCUGCAGCAGUUAGUCCUCGUUCAGGGACACACUCUGCCUUCACCCGCACAGUUUCUUUUACCACAAACACAGCAAGGGCAGCAAGGGCUGCUAUCAACGCCAAAUCUAAUUCCACUACCUCAGCAAAACCAAGGAAGCCUGCUGGCCGCUCCACCCAGACUUAGUCUUCAAGCACAGAGAGAGAAGGUUGCAGACAGCAUCGUGAACACAGUGACCUCUCAUCCUGAGGAGCCCAGUGAUCUGGAGGAACUGGAGCAAUUUGCCCGCACAUUCAAACAGAGAAGGAUCAAACUGGGCUUCACACAGGGUGAUGUUGGAUUGGCCAUGGGGAAGCUCUAUGGGAAUGAUUUCAGUCAGACCACGAUCUCUCGCUUCGAGGCACUUAAUCUCAGCUUCAAGAACAUGUGCAAACUCAAACCUCUGUUGGAGAAGUGGCUGACUGACGCAGUGGAAGCCAACAUUCUUCAAAAUAUCUUCUGUUAUAUUCCACAGAAGAAAGAAAGUCAUACAGAAACAAUGUCGAUGGACAGCACCUUGCCAAGUCCCAGUGCUCUUUCCUCUCCUUCCCUGGGGUUUGACGGCCUGCCUGGCCGCCGUAGGAAGAAACGCACCAGCAUUGAGACCAACAUCCGUGUCGCUCUGGAACACAGCUUCAUCACGAACCAGAAGCCUACCUCAGAGGAGAUCCUACUGAUCGCCGAGAAGCUCAGUAUGGAGAAGGAGGUGAUCCGUGUCUGGUUCUGCAAUCGCCGACAGAAAGAGAAACGUAUUAACCCCUCCAGUGCCACCCCUCCCUUGCCCAGCCAACCCCAGCCCACCUCGCACAAACCCCCCUGCUACAGCCCGCACAUGAUGCCCAGUCAGGGACCAUCACAGACAGUGAGCAGUCUCGGUACAGCAGUGACCACUAUGUCAUCGGUUUGCCCUUUGACCCCAAGUGGCCCCUCCUUAAGCUCUGCACCAUCUCCUGUAACCCCGCCUCCUCGCAGUGAUGCCAGCCCCGCCCCUCCAACUCACAGUACACUAAGUCUGAACACAGGUUCAUGGCAUAAAAAGAAUGGUGACGUUUCUAACUACAUCAAUGACUUUGCUGCAAGUUUGAGGAAUACGGUGAGGGGAGUUAAAACAGGAAUCAACCAAGCUCUUCUUGGCAGCAACCCACUUGCUACUAUACAAGCCCUAGCAGCCAGUGGUGGCCAGCUGCCCAUUUCCAGUCUUGAGGGCAGCAGCAAGGUGUUAAUUGGUGGUUCUGGAGGCCAAGGAGCAGGUCUUCCCUCUUCCCUCUUUCUCAACCACUCCUCUUUGUUGCCAAGGGCAACAGGCACCGGCAUGGGAUUGGGCGGUUCAGCUCUUGCCAAAACCUCAUUUCCUGUCACAGGCGGCAUGAGUCCCUCCCCUUGCUCGAGCCCCAUCUCUUCCUGCUCUUCCGGCGAAUUGCUACACAGCCCACACUCGAUAGGAGGGGCUAAAAUCGAGUGACGUUGCCCAAGACCAAUCACAAGAGGAGGAGAAAGAGGAGAUGAAACCUUACCUGUAAACCAAAGCAUAUCUUGAUCCCCUCGCUCCCUUUCGGUUCCUCUCAUUCUCACUCUCUCUCUUCCAUUCUCCCACUCUACUGAUGCCAAAAAUAUAUAAAGAGUGGAAGAGGGGAGAGAUGGAGAGAUGGAGUGGAAGGAGGAAGAAAGAGGAGAGGAGAGAAAAUUAAACCAAAAAAACACCACGCGGCUUAGCGGGACAGUCAAAUACAUAAAAGGAGAAAAAUAAAAAACUGUAGUGCAGUGAGAAGAUAAUGAAAAGACAUCCUUGAGAAACAAAAACAUAAUAAAAGAAUGAACUUCACUGUGCGUUAUAGAAAAACUGCAACUCUUUGAAGCAAACAUGUGAAGUAUUGAAUACCAAAUAGUAUGAUAGAACUCUGAGAGACUCGCUAUGACAAAAAAAUACAAGCAUACCAAAUACCAAAAACAAACACCAAAAAUACGGAUGGAAAAGCUUUAUCCAAAGGACCUGUAAAUAGCCAACCGUCCAGGACCAGACCCAGUGACAACAAUCCAGCCAUCUCUGAGCUCAUCAUCAUCU